AUGUAUAAAAAAAGUGAAUGGAAAAAGUUCUUUAAAGAAAAAAAUAUUCCUAAAACUGAUGAAAGUAAAUGGUUUUUUUCUGGUCUCAAUAUUGAUCAAUGCAAAAUCGCAAUAGAUAAUGGAUGGAAUAAUUAUCAAAUAAUAAAUAAAUGUGUAAAAUAUCGUGAAUUUAAAAAAAUUAAUGUUUUAGAAGUUAAAAAAUCUGAAUUAGAUACAUCAUUAGAUAUACUUGAAAAUAUUCUAAAUGAUAAUAAAACUACAUUUAAAUCAUUACCUGAAAAUUAUGAAAAGGAUAAAAUAGAUAAUUUAAAUGAUAAUUUUUUACCACGUGGUGCAAAAAAAAAUGAUCUUUUAAAAGCAAUAAUAGAAAAAAGAAAUACUUUUAGAUACAGAAUCAAUGAACCCAAUAAUGAAUUUGAUAAUGAUAGUCUGGAUCCAAACGAAUAUCAAAAAAUAUUAAAAUCAAUUAAUGAAACUCAAGAAGUAAUUUUUGAUAAAUGGAAAAAUAAAGUUACAUCUGAAUUCCUUAAUGAAUUUUUAGGAAAUUUCUUAAAAAGAAAAGGUGAUGAAAAUCUUGAAGAAAAAAAUCUCGAUAAAUGGUUGAAAGGAGAAGAUCCUGGACCUAUCAGUGAACAUAAAUUAAUGGGGUACACAUUAAAAGAUAAACCAAAACAUAAAAUAAGAGUAGCUGAGAUAAAAAAUAAUAAAUUUACUGGAAAUAUCAAUGAAGAAAUCUUAAAAAAUGGAAUAGAUGGUUCUAAUGUUAUAGAAGAAGAAAAAAAACUUGAUAAAACAUUAGCUGGAGCAUAUUUACUAUCUUAUGUUUUCAACCUUAUAGAUUUUGAUCCAGAAAAAUUAAAAAAUGAUGAUGGUAGUUACAAUUCCAACUAUUUUGCUAAAGUAAAAGACAGUAAUGAAGGUAAAAUACCUGAUGUAGAUGGUCCUGGAAUCUUGCCUAUAUUAACUGGUGGUGGUAAAACAACUAAAUUAGUAAGAUAUUUAUUAACAUGUAUAUUUCCUGGAAAACAUAUUAUCUUGAUUACACCUAAUGAAGAAUUAGCCGCAGAUGCUGAAAAUCAUCACAACACUUGGUUACAAUAUGCUAGUGGUGUUCCUUAUAAAUGCGUUAUUCACAGAAAAGAAGAAGAAUUACCUUAUAUAGUUAAAAAUGGUGAACUCGCUUCAUGGAUAAAUGGAAACAAAGGAGACAAAAAAGAAUCAAGUGGUGAAGAUGGAAAAUCGACAUUAUCUAUAUUACAAUUACAUCAUCUAGUUAGAUACAUAGCAUAUGGUAAAGUAAAAAUCAAAGAAUUAAAAGACACUAAAAAAAUUCAUGAAAAUUUUGAUAAUAUAUUAAUCGAUAUCAAAGAAAAAUUGAUCGAUAAAGAAAAUACCAUAAUCAUCUUUGACGAAGCUCAUUUUCCAAAUACAAGUUAUCAAGUUGUACAACCACUAAUAAUUAGAAUGGGUUAUAAUGUUUUAUUAAUGAGUGCAACAUUUCCCAAAAAAAACUUUUCUAUAUCUACAUCAAAACCUAGAGAUGUUUAUUCAUUAACUAAAUUUGAUAAUCAAACCGAUUGGGAAAAUGAAAAAACACAAAUAUUUUUCAGAACAACUGCAAAUGAAUAUCCUAGAAAAACGACCGGUGAAGAAGAUAAAGAUGCUGAACCAUUACUAAAAUCAGGAUUAACACCAAAACAAUUUGAAAUGUUGGAAAAAAGUGAUAUACCAUUUGUAAUAUUCGAUAGCUCAAAUUCUUCUGCAGUAACUGGUAUCACUGAAGGGAUGCCACCUGGUUCUCUUUUCAUAGCAAAUGUAAACCAUGAAAUGGGUUUUAGUCCCGCUAUCAAUAACGUAAUAUUAACUGGUCAAACACAAUUACAAAAAUUAGGAAAAGAAUCUGGUGCAGGUAGAUGGAUUUAUGAUAAACCUAAAAUUCAAUUCUUAUCAGUUGCUAGUAUGAUUCAACAAAUUGGUCGUGUUGGUUGUCUCACACCUGGAAAAGCUUUCUUGACAACACAAAAAUUAAAAGAAUUAACACCUCCUAAAGAUAUAGUAUAUCAUAUAAUAAGUGGAAUAAUGCUCCCUGCAAGUGAAGAACCAAUGAAAGAAUUGAAUUCACGAGGUUAUCCAUUUACAGCAUCAACUACAGAUCACAAAUAUCAAAAUUUACUAUGGGCAUCCAUAGCACUUCCUUACAAAAAAAAUCGUCCUAUGGAAGCUGUGAUGAUUGGCAUGAAAGCAAACCCUAAAGUAACUGUUAGCAAAAGAGAAUUUUGUCUAACGUAUGAAAAUUUACCUGAACCAAAUGUAAAAGAUGAUAAUCUUUGA